CAAGGAAAAGCUUCGGCAUUGAUCAAGACAGGGAUUCUUUGUGGUAAAAAGGGCAAAGGGUUGGGUUUUUGGGAUCAGUGGCUUUGUUCUAAGCUGAGGUAAAGGAUCAGCUGGAGCAAAGGGUGUAUUGAAUUCCUGCGCGAAUUCAAGAGAGUCUGUUGCCUUUUGAUUUUCACAUUUUGAGUCUGUAAUUCUGUUUUCCUCUCCUUUCUUUGCUUCAUAAAAAGAAAAUCAAAAGUGUC